AUGCCAAUUCUAUCAAACCAAUUCUUUUGGUUUUUUAUUAACAAAAAUAAUACCUUUACAUUUUAUUUUACGUGGUUAAAACAAUGGUGCAUAGGGGGGGAUAAAAUCUUAUUUUACAAUCUAUAA